AUGGCGAUGGAAGAUCCGGAUUUGUGGGUCCUGGAGUUCGGUCUCUUUCACGAGCUCGAUCAAGUCGCGGCGCAAAUCAAAGAGAAACGCAACCUGACCAGAGCGCAGAUCGAGGCCAGCCCGCUGUUUAGGCGGAUGAAGCUCAACAGUCUGAGCGGCACGCUCGCGAACGAGAGGAAGUAUCCCGAGUGGGACAAGUGGCUGACCGUGUUCGCCAACUGCUGCCCGGACGACUGGGACUCGGGUCCCGACUCCCCCCACCACGCGCUUCUCAACGAGUACAAGGCUCAGCUGGUGUUGCAGCCGCUGCUGGGAGAGUCGCCGGACAUCAAUGCAUUCCUCGCGCGUCGGAAGACCUAUCUCCCCUUCACCUCCAGUGCCACGCCGGGUGAGGCCGCACUCGCCAAGGAGAUGGCCGACCUGGCCCAGCUCCUCAAGGCCCGCAGCGCCAAGCCGGCCGACAUCCGCCGUGCCAUCGACGCCGCCGUGGCCGACCACCCGAUCGACAAGUUCAAGCGGAGCAUUCUCGCCUUCAUCACGCGCGUCAAGCACUGCUCGCCGCGUCCCUUCCUCUACCAGGUCUACGAUGACAUCGCCACCGGGCGCUACGUCCCUUCAACCAAAUCCAAACCGUUCACGGAGAAGGAGCUGAGGGAAGUCUAUGGCGAUGACAAGGGGUGGAAGGCAAUUGUGAACCAGACGGACCCGGACGUGGAGGAGUUCGCAGGGCGCGGCCAGCGGGCCAGCAGCAGCCGGACCGGCGGUGGUGCCCUGGUGCGCGCCGACGCUGAGACCGAAGAUCAGCAGAAGAAAGCGAAAGCGACGACGGAGACCCGCGAAGGCGCAAAGGCGAAGACGACAGCGCCGGCCCAGACCGCGAAGGGAAAGCGAAAGCAGCGGGACGAGGAUGAAGACGACGAGGAGAAAGAAGCCGAAGAGGAAGGGGAAGGAGAGGAGGAGGAAAAGCCGAAAGCCAAGGGGAAGGAGGCGAAGAAGAGUGAAGAGAGCUCCAAGCGCGCUCUUAGCUCCGUGAGGGACCUACGAGCCAAGUCCAAAGUCCUUCGGGAGCAAGCCAAGAAGCACGACCCCUUGCCUGGCCUCCUCGCCAGGAAGCAGACCACCGCUGCGCCGGAGCCGGUGUUCGAAGGGCGAGACAACUAUGGCGACGAAGCCGAAGCUGAAGCAUACGACAGCGCCGACGAAGGAGAGAAGGCCAAGCAGACCAGCGCGUCAUCGAAGCGCCAGUAUAUCGAGCGUCACCCCUCUGCCACCCGCCUGAAUUGGGACAGCGAAGAUGAGAGCCCGCUCAAGACGCGCGACAAGCAGGAAGUGAUCCGUGCGGCGCGGGCCACCGUAAGGCGGCGAAAGAUCACCUCUGAGUCCGAGUCGGACAACGAGAGAGAGGCAGAGGACGACGACAACGAGGGCAAGAAGAAGAGGGCGACGAAGAAGGUCAAGAGAGACCCGUACGAGUUCAAGGUGCCCGGCGAACGUGCCAGACUCGCCGGCGGCCGCCGUAAGAAGCGCUUCUGGACCGACGACGAGAUCGAGUUGCUGCUCGAGGGCGUCCGCACGCAUGGCCUGGGUUGCUGGGCCAAGAUCCUGAGCGAGUACGAAUUCGCUCCCGGGCGCACCUCGGUCGACCUCAAGGACAAGUACAGGAAUCUGCUGAAGCUGCAGGCCAAGGAGCAGGAGGCGCACCGUGCGAAGAGGGCAGCGUUGGCGUCAACAGAUGCCAAGGCCCGGGGUCGUCAGCAACCACCUCCUUCGAAGAAGAGCAAAAAGGGAGACGACGACGAAGAAGAAGAAGAAGAAGAAAAGGAAAGGAGCGAGGAGGAAGACGACUCGACCACCACCGUCGGAAGCCAGGGCCGCCGUGAAGAGGCCGAAGAGGAGGAGAACGCCGCCGACCGCCGCAAUCAGAAAGAACGAAGUGAGAAGGAAAAAGAGAAGGAGAAGGAGAGAGAAGAAGACGAGGAAGAAGCAGAAGAGGAGAGAGAAGAGGUGGAGGACAAGAAGAGCAAGAAGGCUGCAGCGGUGGCCCAAAGCCCGAGGGUGGGCAGCAGCACCACGCAGGCCGCAGCGGUGGCCCAGAGCCCGAGGGUGGGCAGCAGCAGCAGAAGCACCAGCACCACGCGGACCGCAGCGGUGGCCCAGAGCCCUCGGGUACUGGGCAGCACCAGCAGCACCAGCACUAGCACGCAGGCGGCAGCGGCCCAGAGGAAGCAGCAGCUUGCGGCGAAGCGGAGGGAGGACGAGGACUACGACGAAAACGAGCUGAUCAUCGACGACGACGAAGGCCAAGAGGCCGAGGACGACGAGGUGGUGGCCAAGGUGAAGGAAAGAGAAGAGAGCGAGAGCGAGCGGGAGAAGAGGGAGCAGGAACAGAAGAAGACGCCGGCGGCGGCGGCGGCGGGGCAGAGGAGGAUCGCCAAGAGGCGGCAGGCGGUGCUCAGCGCCUCGGCCCGCGCGCGUCGGGCCAGCGUCGCCGCUCCCCGCAGAAGCGACGAACUCGACUACAGCGACUGA